ACGCACGAGUCAGGUGGUUAUUCUGAGGGAGCAAAGAGCUGUCCUCGGUGCUGAAACGGCAGUCACCGCGCAAGGCAGAGAGAUGCUCAGAUUCCCCGCGAGCCUCCGCGCCAAAUAAUUACGAAAGGAAUCACAAUGCCAUCCCUCUCUCAGACUUCUCCGAUGUGCAAGCCUUUCCUCGUCUGUUUAGCCAACCUGCUUCUUGUGUUCGCUUCUGCUGGCGUUUAUGGGGCUUCGCUUAGAGAGCACAGGAUGCUGGGAAGUGAGUCAGACUCCCUGAGACGAAAUGGCCUCCAACCUCCUAAUGCAGACAUGCUGAAAGCCUUGGAGUACAUUGAGAGUCUCCAUCAGAGAAGUGGUGGGGACUCCCCGCAGCAAAGCCCCCGAGCUUCAGGGCAAGACGUCAGCCACAUGGAUGACAUGGAGAAGCUCCAACUGCUGCUGAAACUGCAUUCUAACCCCAUUCAAAGUGAAGAUGAGGAGAAACAGGAGGAAGAGCAAAGACAGGAUAAGAGUGAAGAGCUGCUCCAGGCUGUGCUCAGCACACUCCAGGAGACGGAGAAGGCCUCCAAGCCAGCCCUGCUCAGCCCAGAGAGACCAGGAACAAACAGAGGCUCUGUGCAGCCAGAACAACAUGGCCGCAGGUUUCAUAAGAAGCUGCCCUUAAUGUUUGAAGAUGAGGAGGAAGGUGAGGAUGACAGGGAUGCGGAGGGGCCCCGGUAUGAGAGCCUCUUUAAACGCACCAAAGAAAACGUGGAGGAGAAGUACACACCUCAGAACCUGGCCACGCUGCAGUCUGUGUUUGACGAGCUGGAAAAGAUGACAGCUGCAAAGGGGAUCCGUAAGAGGGAGGAUGAGGAGGAGGAGGAGGAUGAUACAGAAGAGGACGGAGACGUUUUCAAUGUGAGGGAUGACGAGUACAACGACAUGGAUCCUGCACAGUGGGGUCCACUAGAAGAAGAGGAUGACGAGGAAGAGAGUGAUGACCGACAUGAUCGAGGCCUUGAUUAUAUUGAUGACAAUGAUGAAGAAGAAGAUGAAGAUGAAGAAGAAGAAAACUCCCCAAUGAAAAGGUCUAAUAAUGCAGAUGAUGCUGUUAAUUUAGUUGAUUACUACCUUUUUAAAGUCCUGGAAAAAACAGAGGAAGAAAAGCAGAAGCGAGAUGUAGAAGAGGAAGAGCAGAGGGCUGAGAGAAGGGUAUCUCAGUAUCCAGAUAAUGUAGACCCAAGGGUUAUCUACCGGCUUAUUACCAUGUCCCAAAAAUACCAGAUCUCCCCUGAGGACCUCAUGAACUUGCUUAAAACUAGAUAUCAGAAGAAUCAAGACAUGUUGCGUAAAAGCAAUGAAUUAUACAGAGCAGGAAGCCGGUUUUCUCAGAAAUCCCCACAGAAGAUGAAUUUUCCUGUUGCCACAUUCUCCACCAGACGGCUGCCUUACGGACGAAAGACCGCAGAGGAACUGAGGAAACAGGAGAUCCUUAGAAUCCUGGGGUUGGGAGGCGAGGAGGCGGCAGAUCCAGUCAGGACGCAGAGACAGCGUACCAGCUCCCUGUCACGACUUCACGCUCAGACCGCUGGGCGUUUGGGGGAAUCCGCUCCCACACUGCGGCGUCUUCCCUACACCUUCAGAGACGACUACGAUGACUCAGUGGAUGAGAACGAACUGGCAGCUUAUCUCGCCGCUCAGAUGCUGGCACAAUAUCCCAAACCUGCAUUUAGAAACAAGGUGGCCCAAAAGAGGGAAGAGGAUGGACAGAGCGCCACAGACGCCUUCGAAAAGGCAGUGACGGAAUAUCUAGCUAUAGUGGACUCAGAGAAAAAAAACCAAACACCGUCUGAAGAUGUUAGGAGUGACGACACACAAAGUUUGGAGAAUGAGGCCGUGACCAAACUGCUGAGCUACCUGAACCCAAAGCCCGGAGAAACUGACAAAACUGACAAAGAAAUAUGAACAAAGUGGUGUAAAUACAUAUGUACAUGGAGGAAAAACAGAGUAUUUUGAGAAAUAAACCAUCCAGUCAACUUUAAUUAUUCCGUAGGUUUACAAAACUUUGUAUUUAUUAGCAGAAAUGAGUGUUGCCACAUUCACGUGGAGUUUCUCUAAGUGAAAAAUUUGUUGCUUGACGACUUGUUCAUGUGUCCCACCAGACUCAGACACACACACACACACACACACACACACGCAGACAGGCUCACCAGGCUCACACUCAUUUGUGUUUUUGGUAAUUUUUCUUAAAUGUGGUAAUAUGUGAUAAACCUGAGAUGAAUAAAGCAUUGAUGUUA